AUGUCAUUAUUUUAUACAAAAGAUGCAAUUUCAGAUUUCGAAAAAAUACUAAAUGGUUUAAAUACAUUUGAUUCAUUCCCACCUUUAAGAAUUUUAUCUUUAGCAACUUAUUGUAGAAAAGAAGAAGUUAAAGAUUUUUUUAGUUUUAUAGAUUCAAAUGGUGAUACUUGUUUAACAUUUAUAAUUCAAUCAACCGUUGAAAAUAAUGUAACACAACAAUAUAGAUCAAUUGUAGAUAAAUUUAAAUUAUUAGAAGAAAAUAUUGAACUUUUAAAUUUACCAAAUUCAUAUGGUGAGACACCAUUACAUGUUUCAUCAAUAUCAAAUAAUAUAGAGUUUAUGAAAUUAUUAGUUUUACAAGGAGUUGAUGGAUCAUUAAAAGAUAAUAGAAAUAUGACAGCAUUGGAUAUUGCGGUGAUGAUGGAUCAUAAAACAAUUAUUAAAGAAUUAAAGAAAUUGAAAACAUCAAUGAUGACAAUGGAACAAACAUCAAUUUAUCAAUGGGGUCAAAUUUUAACAAGUAGUUUAACAUUGAAAUCAUGUGCAAAAGCAACCAAUAUGUUAUUUAAUGAUGAAAUUUCAGCACCAAUUCAAACAGAGUUUGGACAAAAUUAUAAUUUAAUUCUAACUGAUACUGGUGCAGUGUAUAGUUCAGGUUUAUGCUCCUAUGGUAAAACAGGGCAUAAAAAGAAGAGAGAUGUAUUAAUACCAACACAAAUAUUAGAAUUAUCAAAUAAACGUAUCAAAUCAAUCGCAUGUGGUACACAUCAUUCUUUGGCAAUGGAUGAUUUGGGUCAAGUUUAUUCUUGGGGGAAUGGCGCAAGUGGUAGGUUGGGCCUGGGUAACGAUUUCAGUAUAGUACCAACACCAACAUUAAUCAGCGUUAUCAAUAGAUUUGGUUCUAAUGAAAUUGCCACUGCAAUUGCAGCGGGUUGUGAUAAUUCAAUGAUAUUAGGCUCAAAUGGAGAUGUAUACAGUUUCGGCAGUAAUUUACAUUAUAAACUUGGUUAUAAGGAGUGUGAUGGCGCAUUGGGGUUCCAAUCAACUCCUAAGAAAAUACCAUCAAUACUUCAAAUGAAAUCAAUUGCAUGUGCAAGUUGGCAUUCUGUAUUCUUGGAUCUCAAAGGCAGAGUUUAUACAUGUGGUUCAAGUACGAAUGGUAGAUUGGGUCGAGCAAUUAGUUCCUAUAGUUCAUUUUACCCAGAACGUGUCUCAAUCACCAAUAGCAAAACCAAUGGAACACUUCCACAAGAGGAAGUCAUUAAGCAAAUUGCAUGUGGUACUAAUUUUACAACAGUUUUAUCUGAAAGUGGUUCACUCUAUUCAUGGGGUGUAAAUACGAAAUCUCAAUUGGGUUUAAUUAAUUUAGUUGGAAUUUCAGAGUAUUAUUCUCAACCAAAAUUAGUAACUGCUUUAAACCCUUAUACAAUUCAUUCAUUUGCUGUUGGCGAUCAACAUGUUGUAGCAUUGUCUGAUCAAGGUGAAGUUUUCUGUUAUGGUGAUAAUAGUACGCUUCAAUGUGGUUUUGGUGAAGUAUUAAAUUUUGAGAUUAAUUUAACAAAAGUUAAAAUUGAAACUACUUCAUCCGAUGCACCAAUCAUUGGUGGUGGUGGUGUUUUUAAAGUUUCUGCAGGUGGUUCAAAUACUAUGAUAUCAUUAUCAUCAGAUCAUAAUAUAUUUGGUGAAGAAUUAUUAAAAUCUUUAAAUCUUCAAAUGUUUACAGAUUGUCGUUUAAUUAUUAAUGAUAAUAAAGAACAAUUCAUACAGGCUCAUCAAGUUGUUUUAGCAGCACGUUCAAAUAAAUUUAAUAAAUUAUUGGAAUUACAACAUAAUUCAACUUUGGUUGGUGUUGAUCAACAACAACAGCAACAACAACAAUGUAAAAUACCACUCACUCAAACUACAUUUUUAAAAUCAUUUAUUGAAUCAAUUGGUACAUUUGAUAUUGAUGGUAAUGAAAAUAGAGUAUUGUAUAUUAGUUUUCCAUCAAUUUCAUCAAUUUCAAUAUUAUCAUUAUUAUUGAAAUAUAUUUACUCUGAUCAUACUAUUCUAUCACAAAGCACUAAUCAAGAGUUGGGUGAAUUAGCACAUAGUUUAGAAAUUGAAAGAUUAGCAUACCUUUGUAAUUUCUCACAUGGUAAAUCAUUAGAUAAAUUACCAACAUCAACAUUACUUGAAGAUUUUAGAAUUUUAAAAGAUCCUAAAUUCUCUUCAAUUUAUUCAGAUAUUAAAUUUAAAUGUAUUAAUAAUGGUGGUGGUGGUGGUGAUGGUAAUAUGGUAGAUGAGGCAUAUUUAGAAAAAAAUAAACAACAAAUUGAAACAGUUGAAAGUUAUAAAUUAUUUGCAUAUACAGGUUCAAGUUAUUUUAAAACAAUGUUAAGUGGUAGUUUUAUUGAAAGUAAUAAAAAAGAGAUUGAAUUAUUUGAAACUUCAGCAUCAAGUUUAAGAUUACUUUUAAAUUAUUGUUACAGUGAAGAAAUUCCAACCGAUUCAAAUGAUUGUAUUGAUUGUAUUAUCAUUUGUGAUGUUCAUCAAAUUUCAAGAGCAAAAGAUUCUUGUGCUGCUAAAAUUAGAUCUCAAAUUGAUAUUCAAUACAUUUGUUACAUUUAUCAUAUCUCUUUAAUCUAUAAUGUAAAAUUAUUAAAAACUUGGUGUCAAGCUAAUUUUAAUAGUAUAGCUGAUAUUAAAGCAUUACCUUAUUUUAAUCAAUUACCAAUAGAAAUUCAAUCAGAAUUAAAUUCAAUAAAGAAAAAAUAUUAA